CGAGAAUUGUUUGAUGUAAAUGCAAAUGUGCGUUUUGGCUAUGAAUCAAUAUAUUUUUUGCCACGAUGGUUCUGCUUUGAUAUUAUGCUUCGCGUGCAACGUCCACAAUACAAAGAACUACGCUUCCCAGCAUGCUCGUCGGCCAAACAACAUGGUUGCACACAGCUUCAGCUGCAGAGGACUGUGUAUUUAAAUGUACGAUUUGCAGCGAUGCUGAGUUUCUUCGUAAUUAUUUCGCUUUUCGUGAGUCAUGUGUCUACGUCGGAUACUAAAGUCCCACAGAAUGCCCACAGUCCCAGUGAGAGCUAUGUCAUGUCGAUAUGGCAAAACAGGCUGUACCUGUAUUCAGGGGCUGCGCUUGUCUUCGGGAUCUGGUUCUCACUGAAGAUGGCACUGAAGAAGAAAAGCUUCUCCACAGACGUCGGGUCGUUGGUCUACAAAGCUGUGAAAAGCAAUGAAGGAGGCACCGUGGUCCACGUGUCAGGAGUUAAAAUCCUCUACGGCUCUCAAACUGGAACAGCAAAGGGCUUUGCGACAGAGCUGUCACAGGAGGUGAUGGCUUUGGGUAUACCAGCAGAGGUGAUUGACAUGAAGGACUACGAUCCAGAUGAUCAACUUGCUGAUGAGUGCACCAGCCGCUCAGUCUGCGUGUUUCUUGUGGCCACGUACACCGAUGGACAGCCCACAGAGAGUGCUGAGUGGUUCUGCAAGUGGUUGGAGGAGGCAUCCACUGACUUCAGAUACGGGAAGACCUACCUCAAAGGCCUCAGAUAUGCAGUGUUUGGUCUUGGCAACUCUGUCUACGUUGGCCACUAUAAUACGGUGGGUAAAAACCUGGACAAGUGGCUUUGGAUGCUGAGUGGCAUGCGGAUCAUGACCAGGGGGGAGGGCGACUGCAAUGUGGUGAAGAGCCGUAAUGGCAGCAUCCAGGCAGACUUCCUGGCCUGGAAGGUCAAGUUCCUGAGCCGCCUUCGAGCUCUGGCCAAGGGAGAGAAGAAGAGCUGCAGUGGGAACUGUAAGACUGGAGGCUCCUGCAAGAACAAGAGCAAAGACAGACAAGAGGAGGAGGAGGAGGAGGAGAAGAAGACAGCUCUGCAGAAUAUCAGCUCUGAGGAGGAUCUGAUGGAGUCCAGCAGUGAUGAGGAGGAGUCCGGCAUGCAAGAUGAGAAAAAAUCAGCUUCGGUGGUUGACAUGGAGGAUCUGGGCAACCUCAUGAACAGUGCCAAGAAAGCAAAGAGCAAAGAGGAGGGCCGAAGAGACGUUCAGAUGGUGAAGCUGUCCAAGGUGAAUGGAUUGAAGAAGGCCGAAGAGGAAGGGGAAAGAAGGGAGAUGAUCACGCCUGCCCUUAGCGAAGCACUGACAAAGCAAGGGUACAAACUAAUUGGAAGUCACUCAGGAGUAAAGCUUUGUCGAUGGACCAAGUCAAUGUUGCGAGGGAGAGGAGGUUGUUACAAGCACACUUUCUAUGGUAUUGAGUCCCACCGGUGCAUGGAGACUACGCCCAGCCUCGCCUGUGCUAACAAGUGUGUCUUCUGCUGGAGACAUCACACCAACCCUGUGGGCACAGAGUGGCGGUGGAAGAUGGACCCUGCUGAGAAAAUCCUGCAGGAUGCUCUGGAGAAGCACCAGAACAUGAUUCGACAGUUCAGAGGUGUCCCUGGUGUGAAGCCCGAGCGGUACGAGGAGGGCUUGGCGGUCAAGCACUGUGCCCUCUCCCUGGUGGGUGAGCCAAUCAUGUACCCCGAAAUCAACACCUUCAUCCGCCUCCUUCACUCCGAACACAUCUCCAGUUUCCUGGUCACCAAUGCGCAGUUUCCACAAGAAAUCAGGAACCUGGUGCCAGUAACCCAGUUAUAUGUUAGUGUGGAUGCCAGCACCAAAGACAGUCUGAAGAAGAUUGACCGGCCACUUUUCAAGGACUUCUGGCCACGCUUCCUGGAUAGCCUCAGGGCCCUUGGAGAGAAGAGACAGAGGACGGUGUACAGACUGACGCUGGUGAAAGCCUGGAAUGUGGAGGAGAUGCUGGCCUACUCUGAGCUCAUUGCUUUAGGUCAGCCGGACUUCGUUGAGGUCAAGGGAGUGACGUACUGUGGGGAGAGCUCUGCCAGCAGUCUGACCAUGGCUAACGUCCCCUGGCACCAGGAAGUGGUCGCCUUUGUCCAGCAGCUGGCUGACAUGUUGCCACAGUAUGAGAUUGCCUGCGAACACGAGCACUCCAACUGUUUGCUCAUUGCGCACACCAAGUUCAAGAUCGAUGGCGAGUGGUGGACGUGGAUCGACUACGAGCGCUUCCAGGAGCUGGUCCACGCUUACGAGGAGAGUGAGAGACAGCAGAGCUUCUCAUCCUUGGACUACAUAGCCAAGACUCCCAGCUGGGCUCUGUUUGGAGCUCAUGAGCAAGGGUUUGACCCUGCUGACACACGUUUUCAACGACGCAACAAAACCAAAGACAUUUCAGGAUGCUGAUGAGAGAGAGAGGCAUGAUUGAUAGAGUAAGUGCUGAUCUCUGCAGCAACAAUCAUAAAGACAAUAGGGUUCAAUGGUUUUAUUCCGAUACUGAGUUUCAACACUUGUUUUAUUGGACAGCUUUUUUACUGUCCACAGCUGUCCUCAAUCUCAUGUGAAUUUAAACUCUCUCCCUAUUUUCAAUUUUAUUCCAAGUUCAGAAUUAGUUCCUUUACCCUAAUUUUGUUGACAUUCCCCUUAACGUUACUUUAAGAGCUUCUUCUGCUUUGUAUAUGUGCAUAGAUCUUUGAUACUUUGUUUUUUUUUUUUUUUGAAGGGCUCAUUAUUAUAAUGUGUGGCUUUGAUCUGCAUAACCAUCUGGCAGCACUUGGGAAGGUUUAUACUGUUAAAGUUGAACCUGGCUGUGGCUCCACCACCAGCCUCAUUUAUCAUUUUUAUAGUCCAGUUUGUAGCCUAGGCAGCGGUACAGCUCAGGACAUGAUUAGCAUGUAAGGAGUCGCUCUUCUCCUCAUGUCUUCUGUGGGAGCGACACAUCUUUCCCAGCCACCUUUGCUCUUCCUCCUACUCAUUAGGACUGGGGUUGUAUUUACUUGUCAAUGAGAGAUUCAGCAAGAGCGUCAAAGCUGCGUCUCCACUGGGAAGGUCGAACUUCCUAUCGUCUUUGUGUUUUUGUUUUUUUUUUUAGUCCAGUGGUUGCACUGUUACACAUUCCCAACAGUGUCAGCCUUGCUUGGUUUCAGGACUCUGAACCCAGAUGGUAGAAAAUAUUGCAGCUUUCGACAGAUAGUUCUGCCACUCUGACAGGUUUGCUGUAGAUUAGUAAAAAGUGGGCAAUAUUUAAAAUAAAAUCAAACAUCAUAACAUAUUUGAGUAACAUGGUAUCAAAAAUAUGGAUCUCUUUGCUAUGGCGGUUACUGCUUUUGCAGUAUUUAAGCUAAACAAUGGAGGAUCCAUGAAGUCCAGAAGCCAACAGUAGUUAUAAUGCAAUAAAAGUGGAUAAAAGCACUAAAAGUCAUAAAACUGGAUCAUUGUGGUGUAUUACAGUGCAAGAAAGAAUAAAUCCAAAUUAAAUCUGUAACAAAUCACCAUAUUCUCUGACAAUGUCAACCCUCAUUAUUAUGUCAAUGCAUCUCCCACCUCUGAAUUAAAUAAACACAGAACUAGGUACAAAAAUAACCUACUAAUGUGCAACACAUUCAAAACAUUCAUCCAGAAACCAAAUGUAAACCGUCUGAUCUACAUGUAGCCACCAUCUGAGAUAAGAUGUGAAGAACAGCAUCAUGGCUGAUGAUGUUGGUCUAACUCCUGGAGUCCAGCGUGCCAGGAUAAAGCCUUUACUGAUAUUUGAGGAAAUCCAGAUGUAAAAAUUAAGUCAAUUUGAAUGUAAAACCAGAUGUAAAUGUUUAAGUCCAUUUUUAUUUGUUUUGUAAGGUCUCCAGUGUUGCAGCGCCUGCCUGUUGGGAGAAACCGCAGGUGUUUGGCUACAUUACUAUAAUAAAUGCCUUUGGAAUACUCUA